AUCAACCACAGCAGCGAGCGACACGCGAACUGUCUAUUAGAAUACGAACGAGAUUAUUGAAAUCCAGCGGAUUGCAGUUUUCGCCAUGUUUUCUCGAUCGACGCUCCGCCUCGCGCGGUGGACACAACAGCGUCCUCUCUCCUCGCCGUCCCUCAGCGUGCUCCUCCCUCAACGCGCGUGCCUGCAUCAAUCCGCUGCCGAGUCACAGCCAUCAGCAUCUCCAUUGGAGACAAGCAGCAGCACACCGGCAGAAUCGGUUCUCCCCCCUACACCUCCACAGACUCGCGCCGAUGUCCCGCCAGCAAAACAACCGAUUGCACCGCAGUUCGACUCUCCGGUGCAGGUGACACAGUCGCUGCUCGAGACGCUUCCCUACCUUACCUCGCAGGGCUCGCAUUACAUCUCUGCCCACCUGCACGACCGGCCGUACCUGGUGACGGAGGGCGACCACGUCCGGCUGCCCUUCAAGAUGCCCAAAGUCAAGGCCGGGGAUAUCAUCCGACUGAACCGGGCGUCUGUGAUUGGAUCUCGGGACUUCACGCUCAAGGGGGCGCCGUAUCUCGACGAACGGCUGUUUGAAUGCCGGGCUCGUGUUCUGGGCGUCGAUGCCGAGCCCAUGACCGUCAAAGAAAAGACGAAGCGGAGACAACGGCAUGUCCGCAAGGUCAAGAGCAAGCACAAGCACACCCUCAUGAGGAUCAUGGAACUGCGGGUCAAGACUCCGGAGGAGCUGCUGGCCGAGGGCGCGGUUGUCAUGGAGCAUUCGGCUACUAGCCCGAGAAUCGAGGUCAAGGCAUAGGGCAAUAUUCUUUUGAAGAAGUAUGUACAGUAGAGGCUAGUGUUGUAUUUUUAAUCUGCAUUGCGAGACUACACUUUUCCGUGAGGUUGUUAAAGUAAGAAGCCGUUUUUCUGGCUCAUAGCAUUACAAGACAAGACAAACAACCAUGACAUUGAAGCAGCA